CCUGAACUCAAGCGAUCCUGUCUCAGCCUCCCAGAGCGGUAGCAUUAUAGGCGUGAGCCACCGCACGCCCGGCCGAAAUUGGGCUAUUAAUAGGAUCUCCCUCAGUUGUGGCCAUGCUUGAAUGAGCACUGGGACCAGGGCCUGGAACAGAAUACGGCUCACAUGCUAACUAUCUUCAUCAUUUGCUGAGAAGCUACUUAGGGGGUGUAAUUAGCAUAAUUAAUGCUCUUAAUCCUCCCCACGCCCCACGAGAUGCAGGGGCAAGUGAAUGACCCAAGGCCACACAGUCUGAGGCAGCAGAGCCAGGCCCGGUGGCACCUGAGUUAAACAGACCAAGGACUGGCAGACUCUUAGCUCAACAGCCCCACCCCCAGCCUUUGCAUUUGCCACCUGAAAGCAGGUGGACUCCCAGGAAGGCUGCCUUAAUACACUUAGUCCUACAUCAGCGGCCCUGCGAGCCUUUUCUGCUCUCAUCCCCUGUCACCCCCUGUCACUCUCCCUGUCAUCCACUGCAGUCCAGCCACCUGUGCUCUCUCUAAUCCUACACAAGCCAAGCUCCAUACCACCUCUGGGCCUUUGCACCUGCUCCUCCCUGCCUACAGCGUGCUUUCUGUGAGUCUUUCCAGAGCUGCCUCUGUCUUUUCCCUCUGCCUGGGGCAAAAAUGUCACCUCCCUGAGCCCCUUGUAAGCUGAAAAAGCUAGUUCAUUCUCUCACUUUCAGGUCACCUAGUUUUCACUCCCUGGCAAGCAAACCAGAACCAUCUGGUAUUUUCCAUGCUCAUGUAUUUGUUUCAGAUCUGUCUGUCUUACUAGGCUGUGAGCUCCUCGAAAAGUAGCAACCCCAUUCCUCUUUGUUUCCCUGUAUUUCCAGCGACUAGGAUGUUGCCUGGCACAACAACGGCCUCGGGGGUAUUUGUUGACUAAAACAAGACAUUUAAUGGAGCACCUAUGACCCUAUGAGCCCCUUUGCCAAUACUUCCUUCACCUCUUCCAGCAGGGACACUGCUUCAGGCCAUGCACAAGCCAGAGGGAGCCACUCCCACACAAUGUGAAUCGCUGGGGAGGGGCCAAGGUUGCCACAGUGCACAACCUGAAUUCACUACGGAGAUGGCUCUGUUGCCAUCUUUCCCUUUCCACUCAUUCAUUAUUCAAUCAAUAAGCAUUUAUCAAGCACCCCCUACUAUAUGCCAUGUAGGGGGUGUAGACACAGUAGGAGAUCAGACAAACAUGUCCCCGCCCGUGUAGCAAAAUAACAAACUUGCAAAAACAGAUGGAGUGUAUAGAGAUGUCAAAAAUAAACAUAGUUACAAGUUACAAAUUCAUUUCUCUUUCUCAACGAUAUGUGCUCUCACCCUCCGUCUUCGGCCUGUCCUCUCUCUGUCACACACACCCCCCUCUUCCCUCUGCAGUCACUGGCAGACACCCCUCAUUCCCUCCUGUCUCCCUCCUACCUACCCAGUGUGCUGGAGCUGGUUUGUACAGGCCUGUGAAAGCUGAGGUUGAAUAGCUAGGAAUUUUCCCAGCUGGAUAUUAAACUGCCUGUAGCUUCAAAUCAGACACGUUGGGAAUAUUUACACCACAGAAAUAGGCCAGCACGACAAGGCAGGGUUUGCUGAUGUUUUUCUGAAGAGCUGGCUUUCCAGCCCCCACGGGCCCCACCUGUUUCCAGCAAAGAAACGUUGCUCUGUCGGGACACAUCUUCAUUCCUCAGCCCACAUCUGUCUCCACUCCCACCUCUCCCCAGGCCACACCUUAAUCUUUCCUGGGGGACAAGGAAGUGGGGGCUCAGGGCCCAUGCUGUGCCGAGAGGGGACAGGACAGAAGAGGAAGCCUGAACCAAAGUCACGAAAGGGGAAAUGGAAAGGAAAGCCACAUAGGAAGGAAAGAGAACCAAGAGGGAGGAGUAGCCAGGCAGUGCAGGCUGGGGCAGGAAGACUGUGGGGACUGGCCAGUGCCCCCGGCACAGUGUCCUCACAGGCAGUUGGGCCACUUCCCCACCUGAAGCCAGAAGUGGCCGUGGGGCCAGGAGGGGUGAGGAAACUGCCUUCCCAAAUGCUGUGACACUGGGUGGGGGUGGGGACUUCAAAGCUGGCACAUGGGAAAGGGGGCCAGGCAUCCAGACCAGGGGGCCCUGGAGUCAGGCUGCCUCAGUUUCCAAUUGUGCGGGGAGCUGGGGCCUGGACCCCCGGGUCUGAGGGAGGAGGGGCCCUGGUACCAGGCCCUUCAAGCAUUUGAGACUGAGGGUUCGGCCCAGGCCUCGGUUUAGCAAGGCCUUGCCCUCCCCACCCCUUUCCUGGCUGCUGGGUCAGGGGACGUAUAAAGGGCUUGUUUCCUGGUUGGAAGAGCAGUAGGGAACUUUCUGCUGCACACCGGUCAUGAGCUCUGCCCUCCUGCUGGCCCUCCUGGGGGUCACCCUCACGCUGCCCGGAGUGCAGGCCCUGCUCUGCCAGCUGCUGAGACAUAAUUCCGUGUUCAACGUAUCGGCCCUGCCCGUCCAAUGGACAGCUGAACAGGAACAAUGUGGCAGCGGCGAGGGCUGCCAAGACACGCUGAUGAUCAUUGAGAACGGACCACAGGCGAUGGUGGUGAUCAGCAAGGGCUGCACUAAGGGGGAGGACCACGAGGCCCGCGUCACCCUGCACAGGACAGGCCCCGGCCUCUCCGUGGUCUCCUACACCCACGUGUGCCGCGAGGCGGACCUCUGCAACGACCUCUCCAACAGCGCUCCGGUCUGGGCCCCGCCCCUCCAGACAGGUGCCACAGGAGGAGGGCCCAGAGGAGCAGGCAGGGAGGGGCCGCAGAGGGCGUGGCCCACUCGCUGCAGCCCUCCCUGCCGGCGCCCUGAACCCCUGGCCCCCUGCUUCCCCAUCUCUUCUGCACUCACUCCCCAUCCCUGCCACCGCCCUGUGCCCUGCCCGCCCAGGGCUCCCUGCCCAGCCGCUGCUAACGGUCCCGGGGCAGCAGCCUGGAUUGAUGUCUCACGUGAAACCACCAGCCGCACACUCUGGCCACCGUGCUCGCCUGCUCAUCGCGUGCGUUGUCCUUUCUUCUGUACUGUCGGGAGGGGCAGCCUUCCAAAAAGGCCCCAGGAGGAGGGCCCUGUGGUGUUCAAGCAGAAACGGAAUUGGUCCGCUCUGCGACGCUGGGCAGGAGUGUCAGGAGACGCUGCUGCUAUAGACGCAGGAGACAAUUCAGCCCUGCUGUGGAGCAAGGGCUGCAGCAGGGCUGGGCUCAGGACUCCCAGGCACCUCCAUACAUGCGGGCCCACCGGGGUGCUCAUGGCCUCCUAUACGCGGUUCUGCUCCUCCAACUUUUGCAACGGAGCCAACAGCAGCAGCGUCCUGCUGAAGUCCCUCCCUCGUCCAGCUGCCCUGCCCCGGAGGCCUGCAGUGCCGAGCUGUGUGAACAUCUUCGGAUCCUGCUCUCAGAACUCGCCCCGCAUUACGUGUCCUAACAGCACUGCCCACUGUUAUGAUGGCCGCAUUUCCGUCAAGGGAGGUGGAGUGACCACCACAGUGGGCAUCCAGGGCUGCGUGGCACAAUCUUCUACCUCCUUGCUGAGCCACACCAGGAAUAUUGGGGUCUUCUCCGUGCAUGAGAACAAAAAAGAUAAUGAUAAUUAUAAUAGAAAUCCUCUUCUCCAGAGUGGUGCUGCCCUCACCGCCUCCCUUGCUCAGGUGUUGGGGCUGGGGCCAGCCCUAGCCCUCUGGUAUGGGGGUCUUUGUGUUUCCCACUAACUCCAUUUCCCUCAUGAGUCUUAACCCCUGCUGACCACCCAAACCCCACCCUCCCUCUGACCCCACAAUCUAGUGGCCUUGGACAACAAAUUGUUUUUCCAUCCUUUCUAUGGAUUACCAUCCCCCCCGCACCCAAACACAGGUUAUCACCUGAUGAUAACAGAGGGAGGGCCUGGGAGCAGCUGAACUUGCCCUACAGAGAGGGGACAUUCAAGGAGCGGCCACAUGUACCUGAUAAUAAUAAAGACCUGUCCUUUCUCCAGU